AUUUUUACCGUUCCACCAUCUGGUAACACUGCCCAGGCCGAAAAGGAAUGGAUUUUCGAGAUCCAGAUAAAUUAAACUGGAGUUUGAAUCUGAGUAACAAUAACAAUAUCGUUAAACUCAGUGCGACGCGGUACCGCAGUUCUGAUGCGGCUGACGAGCAGUUCCCGGAGCUCUUACUCAGCCAUGUCAAUUGUGGGACUGGUGUAAAGACAAUGGGCACAAACCAAAAACGAGCAGCAACAACAUCAGCGCAGGCCGUAACCGUGGAAGAGCAGGUCGAUGGAACUGGGGGAAAUGGCGAGGAUAAGACAGGAGAGUGCGAGGCAGAAACCAUGGCCGCAGAGAGUGGUGAUAAGCAGGAGGAAAUUGCUGCCUACUGCGAAAUGGACGAGGCAAGCUAUGGACUUGCAGCAGCUGAACUCUCAUCCUUUGAAGCCGCCGCUUGUGGCUAUAACUCUAGCCGCACCUCCAUAAACAAUUCGACGGAAAACCUAAGCUAUGCUAGUGAAAAUUUUUAUGGCGACGAUCUAAUUUUGCUGGACGACAACAACGAGAACGCAGAGGAGAUAUCUAUCAACUCUGACGACUGCGUCUACGCUUACUGUGGUGAAGGGGCUGAAUUGGACAUGAAGAUAAUCGCCACGGGCAGGGUAGGUAGGCAGCACUUUGACAUCGGCCGAGGACCAGUACAUGCUGUAGGAAGCGAUAGCCUCAUUUGCGUCGAAGAUGAGACCGAGUUCCUGGAAAUGGACUUCGAGCCAGACCCCUCAUCAGAGUUGGAACUUGUUGGCGGACCCCAUCAUUUGGGCAUCCUGCCGCAGGCCAAUUUGUUGUUAAUGCAACGCGACUAUAGCCAAAUGACCAACGUAGACGGAUCUACUUCCAGGCAAGAAGGGCAGCUGCACAGCUCGCCCAUAGAUGAUUUUCCGCAAGAAGAUCUAAUGCAGCAUCAAAAGCAGCGCCUUAGUAAGAAGUUCGCCCGUAUCAACUUGAAUUUAGAUAAAAUCAAAGACGUAGGUGUUGGUGGAGCUGCCGUGGACACAGAUUUAAAUGAACUAAUAAUUAUUGGCGCGGAAAAGCAAGUUAAAUCCUCCGGAAGCUUUCAGUCAAUGAAGUCUUCUCAGGCUCAUUCGUUGCCUAACCCAUUGCGCACAGGCUCGAAUUUUUCGCGCAGCACUAGUGUCCCCAGCGAACAUCCAGAGCCUAAGCUAACUGGUGCUAAGCCAAAGCGUUUUUUACACAACUCGUCUGUGAUGAAUAAAAGCUUGUCAUACAAGUCGCGGCGGUCUCGCCCUUCGACUAGCUUCGACGAACGUUGCUACAGCUGCACUGAUUUCCGGGCAAAAUCAUGCCAGCAGCAACUGUCAGGGUCGGGGACAAAGCAAGAUCAAGUAGUUCCUGCGACUAUUGUGACAUUGACCACGUCUUCUUCGUGCACGGACCAAUUUGAAUUGGGAAUCAAAGAGGAAAGCUGCUUAGACUGUCUAGAAAAGGAGUUCUUGGCCAACACCAUCGGCAAAGCCCCAGACCCGGGCACAUGUUCUAAAUGCCGUAGAUCAGCUGGCAGUCGGGGCAGUAGUAUUUCGCUUUACGCGCUGUCGGACAAGGUGCGCUGUCGAAGCAGGUCCCCAGUAUGCUUCGAUGGGGGUCCGUUCGCCGACAGGUACAGCUUAUUAAUAACCGGAAUGGUUUCUGGUUCCAAUUUGGACCCACCCUGCAACCAAGGGUUUACUUCGUGUGAUAAUAGUUUCAACGGUCUACAGCUCCUCAAUAAAGGCUAUCUGACUGAGCCACUGGUGGCAAGUCUGUCUACAGGUAAGACGUGCGACGAGGAGCACCUAGUGCAAGCCCUAGAUAAACUGCGCGUGCCCUAUGACAGGGAGCUACUUCAUAGCUAUUUCAAGCAAUUGGACAAGCGGCGACGGACAGAAAGCAGUGUCAAUCUUAAGCAGCUACUGAUACAGGCCUCAAAACAGCAGGGAAACCAUCCCAAGCUCAAACGGCUGAUCGAGAUGGCGACCCAUCAACAGCUCAUUGUCCAAUUUAAAAGGAAAGCCGGAGGCAGAACUGAAUUAGUGCCUAUAAAUGUGAGGGACAUACUUAAUGCCUGGGCACGUUGUCGAGAUCUUUCCCUCCUUCAGCAACUAGAUGGUCGCUUUCAUUGCGCAAACGUGAUGGGAAAGGUUGGCCACAUCGUGCGUCAGGCAACAGUUGCAGCAUCCACACAAGCACAGGCCUCUUCAACAACCUCCUUUUGUAAACGCAGCCUGCCUGAAUAUUUAAUGGUCCCGCAGUAUUACAUGAGUGGGGUGCUGAUCCUAACCCGCAAAUGUUAAGACGUACUUGUAUAACCACUUAAUUAUUUUCACACAAAAGCGGAUACACAUCAUCUCUCUAAAAAUUCUUAGACUAGUUAUAUUGAUUAAUUUUUGAGAUAAGUCAUCUUCCAUAUAAAUAGGGUGAUCGCACGCAUAGUGACCCACCGUAUAUGUCGGGUUACCACCAGUCUCUCCGCUCUAAAAAAAGGAAAUAAAGAAACUCAAAAAAUCUCAAAAAUGUUAACCAUGUUUGCCAUAAUAUAAAUGUAUCAAUACAAAUAUAUCUGCCUCGCCUACCAACGCCUUACAUUAUAA